AUGAAUUCUCGUGUGUCACGCCUGCGUGGUCCCGAGCGAUGGUUUGGCCAGACGCCGGACGACUCGGAUGCGGACGAUGCCACGAGCUCCUCUUUUGAUUUGGAGGCUGCCAGCGCUUCUACGCCGCUCAAAACAACAGAAACCUCGUUUUUCUGCUCUUCGCCAAUGAAAAAACUUGACAAUUUACACCUCCAGGACGACGCCAGCACCCCUCAGAAGCACGGCACGGGUCCCAAUCGACGACAAGAUGACCCGGACGGCUUUUUGGAGCCAGAACGGACAAACGGGGCCCAAAGUAGCGAAAAGACAAUCUUUCAAAAUGCAAAUAACGACGUCAACAACAAAAGAAAUCUUGGUUUUGGCGCCAUGAAACCUUUGGAAGACGAACACACAGCCGCGGAUCGAACUAUGGAACUUUCCAACUCGGAAAGUGAUGACACAAACGUAUUCAGCGAGGCACCUGUUUUUGUGAAACGGUCCAAAUUGCCUCAAAUGAACACUGAAUCUGACCGAAUAUCCCGAAAAAGACAACUCGAGUCACCCGAAAUUGCCAAUUUCGUCACCCCAUCGCACAUGUCCAUUUGCUCCACCUCGCUUCCUCUGACCGUUUCCAACAGCGACUCCACACCUUGUCCUCCUCAUUACCGAAAACGGCUCAAAUUCAAAGACGAAGGAACCCCAUCAGCACGACCCAAAUUGCUUAAUCUUCUGCAAGUUCGAAUCCUCGCCGAGAUCGAAAAUGAGACCGAAAAGAACGAAAACGAAAAGGAAAACGAGAACGAAAAGGACUAUGGUGACCAUAACGAAAAGGACUCUGAUGACGAGGACGAUAAAGAUCACGAUAACGACCACGACCACGAACACGAAAAUAACGACAUCCCAUUGCAGACACCCAUAUCGCAGUCCACGCCCACCAGCUCGCGCCAACCAAGCCCUCCAACAGUCGCUUCAUUUACAGAAUUUGGUCCCGCAAUCAACGGCUACGCUUUUGUCGGCGUGGCUCCAAAACACAAUUAUUACACCUACAAGACUCCCACACAAACUCCAUCGCAAACUUUGAAGAACGGCUAUGUUCUGAACAAUUACACCAUUCUUGGUGAAGUUCCAGUGCUGGCAGCAGGGUUGAUGGAUGAGUCAGACACUCACGUUGGAGACCAACGAAUUGGCGACCCGUACUUGGAAACAAACGAAAACACAAUUCGAGACUGGUACUUUGAACACACCAAUGAAAUCCGAUACCCUCUCUUUUCUCACUACAAUAACGGCUCCAUAACCCCGGAUACAGCAUAUAAGGAAUGUCAGGACUCGAGCCUCGUUCACCACUUUUACUCUGCAAUCCUCGAAGACGAUGAGCUGUUGCUUUCGCUCCUUAAAACAGAACGUGUUCGUUGGCACCCAGAUAAAUGGAGCGGCCUGAAGAACAACCUACACGUAAUCACCGCCCUUAGUCUGACGCUCAAUGCCAUGGUCCAAGAACUAGCAAAGCAACAGGACCGCUGA